GCCAAUUCAAUGCGCAGCAGCUAACUGUGCUGGCUACUUGCCCAGCAGCUCCAUAGAGGUCUAACUCUGUCGUUGUGGGCACGCAAGCUUAGUUGCUUUUGUAGGGAAGCUGGCAGCAUCGGAUCCCUCCUGCCUGCUUGUUGUCAUUGCUAUCAUACCUAUCAAUCACGCUAUGCCGGACGAACACUUGAUCAUUGUAGACUGAUCGAGGCCAGUUAAAAAGAGCUUGAGAAGGUUUCGACCUAACUCCCCGCCAAGGUCUUGAUCCACUUCGCCUGCCGUCAGAGUAUAACGCAGCAUUCCCGCCACUCAGACACCCCAGUAUCCAUCAUGAGCCUGAACGCCCUUGGUAUCGCCUCCGUCGUCUUCCUCGUCCUCUAUGCGCUGUGCUUCUUUGCGCUGUGCUUCGGCUUCGCAUCACGCCAGCUCAAGUUCAAGUCCCGAUGGUCCUUUGUGCUCUUCCAUGUUACCCUCCGCCUUGCGGCGCAGAGCGUCGGUAUCGCCUUCUCCCUGAAAGGGUUCAGCGAUAUUGGUCUUUUGAUCGCGUACCUCGUGCUUGGCGCCGAAGGCUACUUUUCCCUUGUGCUGUGCACCGCCCGCUUCCUCAUCAGCUUCCACAACCACAUCUUUGGCGACUCGUGGCUUGAACCAAAAGAGUUUAAGAAUAGCAAUGUCAUGAACCAGUUGCCUCUUGUACGGCUCGGACGACGCAUCCUGCGAAACUUCCAGAUCCGGGUUGGCGAAAACCAUAUCGCACAAGAAACCGACGCCGACCGCCAGACCACUGCCAACCCUCGUCGUAAGCGGGUCAACUUCAGUGGUUACGUCCAUUAUCUUCUUAUCGUCGCAAACGCAAUAAUCAUCUCAGGCACCAGCCAGGCGGCCGGUACAAUUGGAGAGGAUCCUGAGGAGAUCCAAUCAACACUGCAAAGGUCCAGGGCAAUGCGUGCAGCAGGACAAUCCAUCUUCCUCGCCAUCAACAUUGGGCUCAUAAUCUGUGUUGCAAUCACUAUUUCUCAAUAUAGGCGUCUCGCAGCCCAGCAGAACAAGCCUCAAGUUAAGAGCACAUGGUAUGGCCAUUCUUGCUUGUGCGCCUUACUCCUCACAUCACCUUUUCUUAUCACAAGAGGUGUGUUUGGCAUAUGCCAAUCCUUGCUCACUUCCCUCAGCUUUUUCAGCGCAUCAACAUACACCGCGGACGGCUUUGCCGAUGAAUUUGUGAUCAAAGAGACGGUGCUCGCCAUCGCCAUGGAAUGGAGCACAUGUGUGUUGCUCAUUUCGACGUGGCCACUUCAACGUGCUUACGGCUUGAAUCGGGUUUCCUCCGCCUCCCACGGUCGAGCCUCUGCAGACGCCACCGAAGGGGAUGCCCAGGCUUGACAGAGGCAUUCUGCAGCCGCGCACCCAGAGCCUGUUUUACAAGCGUAUCUAAAAAUCGUGCCUUCUAUUAAGCAUCACUUGAAGAUGAUACCUUGUCGUUCACUGUUCGUCGUGCUAGCACUGCCACCCAGAAUGCGCACCAUUAAAACGUAUUGCCACUGGGUCACAUGGUCGCACCAUCCCCGCAAGCUCUGAACCAAUUUGUG